GUGAGAUGAUGCUCUGGCUCACUGUGGAUGUGCGGUUACAUGAGUCUUGUACGUUGUGGUUGACCUACGCACAAUAUAAAAACUAAUGUUGUUCUUUCACAGCAGCAUCAGCCAAUGGAUUUUGCUGUUUAACUCAAACAGGAACAGGGACUCUCACAGAUCAGGACCUUUAACAAAGAGACUCUCUUUUCUAAGUAAAACUUCCUUAUUCCAUCUAGGAUUUCACUUCACUGCCAGUACUUUGGGUCAUUCAUAGUAACACAUAUCUAAGUGCUUAAACUUCACUUCCCGCAUGACAGUAGAUGUAAUGCCUGCACUCUUACACUAGAACUCAGUGGGAGGUGCAAUCGAAUUUAGACCAGAAAAAGCCCCUAAACCUCAAGCACCACUUUCAGGAGGUGCAUCUUAAAGGUCUCGUCACCAAAGUGCUUUGUGUGUUGUUAUUUGUGCCGAUAUGCAAAACUGAGAGACGCAGAGCAGUCGCUGUGAGGAAGUCUGUUUCUGUCUCUUCUGUUUCACUGUAUCUGCUGUCACGAAUGCCUCAGUCUGUCGUCUGAACGUUUGGACAUGAACAUCUUUCUCGAUUCCCGCUGCUCCAUCUUAGGAGUCCUCCUGGUUUUCCUUCUCCGAGGGUCGUGUGCUGAUCCAGAUGUUGAGCUGCACAGAGCUGUUGGAGACUCGCUGGAAUUAAUCGCUGAUUAUCCAAAAAAAGAUCUUGAAGUGCUGUGGAAUUAUAAUCAGGCUACAUUUGCUGAGUAUCGAAAUGAUGAUUUACAAAAAGUGAAAUCUGAAUUAUUUAGUGACAGGUUAAGGAUGAAUAAGGACAGUAUUAGUGUAACAGUAACAGACCUUAAACUCCAGGAUUCUGGAAGAUUCUCUAUUGUUGCAGAAAAUAAAUCUGUACAACUUAAGACAAAAGGCUUUGUACUACAUGUUCAUGAUCUCAUCAAAGAGGUAAAGAUUGAGUAUGAUUAUGUCUGGGUACAGUCAAAAUACAUCUGCAUGUUUGAUCUUCGGUGUGUGGCGUCUGGUGAUGAGAAUCCCUCCUACAGCUGGAUCAGUCGUCAGACUCAGGGACAAUAUCUGAAAAUCAACCUCAGUUUAGGAGAGAAAUCUACAUUUAACUGCACAGCCAACAACAUCGUCAGCAUCAAGUACACUAUCAAGACUGUAGAGUGCACAGAGAAAACUAAUAAUUCAACAUCAGGUACAAUUCUAUUAACUCAUAAAUGUACAACUUGGUUCAAAGAAGCAGGUUCUGUUCCAGAGUUUGUUCUGAUCGCGGCUGGCGUGGGAAUCGUGGCUGUGGUCAUCUUCGGUGCAACACUCGCUGUGUGCUGCAGGUGGAGGAGGAACAGAGGCCAAGGAGAGAGUGAAGCUGGGAUUACAGUGUAUGAAGACGUGAACAUUGAUGCCCCUGCAAAGAAACGAUCUGAAAGUGUUGUAAACGGCAUGACUAUCUAUGAAACGGUGGAUGAUGCAAAACUCUCACAAAACUUGCCUCAAACCCUGUAUGACAAAAUCAACUAUCAGCGUCAGCCAGCGGGCAAAACCAGCACCAGCACACCCUCCUCUUACCAGGAAGUGCUGUGAGUGAGACGUCCUCUCAACUCUGGAGAUCUCUAUUUAUUACUGGCUGCAUCGCUUGUCCUUCCAACUCUUGCAUUAAAAGUGCUGUGUAUCAUGUUAACAAUGUUUUUUAUUAUGAAGGAAAU